GGUUGCCUCUGUGUAGCGCCGGAGAGCGGGAGGGGGUUACUUUCCAGCGUGGGGAGAGGCUGUGCCCGCAAGUCGGUCAGCAGGAGUUCCUGCGCCAACAACUGUCAAUUUCAACCAGGCGGAGCUCCGGGGAACUCCAGCUUCCGAUUGGGGAAGAGAGCCGUCACUCACAUAGAUUGACAGGGUCGAUUCGCUGGUGGGACUUGUCUCGAAACGUCAAGAGUUUACCGAAUUAAAAAUAAUCUAUUUUGUAGGGAGUGUCGCGCGAAGAACUAAGAAAUUGGCAGAGUGUUUGAAUUCCCCAUUGCAUAAUGUUUUUGAGAAGUUUUCUCUUUGCCUACCUGGCAUUCGUUGUUGUCAGAGCAAACGGGCAAGAUGAUUUCAGUUUCAACCUGGAAGAUGCAUUGAAUGAAGAUCCAUCUAAACCACAUGCUGAUGAAUUUGAUCUUAGUGAUGCUGUUGGUGAUGACUCCCAUGUCCCAACAGGGCAGGAUGAUUUUGGUUUCAAUCUAGAAGAUGCAUUAAAUGAAGAUCCUGCUAAACCACAAGGGCAGGAUGAUUUCGGGUUCAACCUAGAAGAUGCAUUAAAUGAAGGUCCUGCUAAACCACAAGAAGCUAGUGACUUUGAUCUUAGCGACGCUCUCGAUGAUGACUCCCAUGUGCCAACAGGGCAGGAUGAUUUCGGGUUCAACCUAGAAGAUGCAUUAAAUGAAGAUUCUGCUAAACCACAAGGUAAUGACAAUGGAUUUGAUCUUAACGAUGCUCUCCGAGAUGAUACUGUUAAGCCCCCAGAUGCUGAUGGAUUUGAUCUUAGAGAUGCUCUUGAUGACAAUCCUGUUAAACAAACAGGUGGUGAUUUUGAUGAUUCUGAUCUUGAACAUGUCAAAAAUAGUGGUUACAAACCUGACAAGACCAAGUCUAAAGCUCAGGACUCUCCAGCAGAGACCGACUUCUUCAGUAAACUCCUGAUGACCAUACUAGACGGGACAUCAGAGCACUUCAAGAAGAUAUGCUUCAGUUUAAUGGAAAUGCUGAAUGAUCUGUAUAAUUCUCAGCAGGACGAGUGAGAAGAUGCUCGGGGUUUACAGGACAUAACUGGGUCAGUGAGGCAGUGAGCAUCCAUGUCUGAAGGUGCGAGAAGACCAUUGCAAUAUUUAUUUAUGGACUUUUAUAAUUGGUGAGAAUAACAUCCACCUUAAACUUAAUUACACUGGUGUUGAAUAUGAUCAAUUGAAUUAGAGUACCACUUCUGGACUGCUCGUAACUCUUGAAAUAAAAUACUUCUGAAAUUCCUCGUCUUCACUGUCGGUGUUCUUAUCAUGUGGCAAUUAAAUUGAUAUGGUUUGAAAUUUGUCAAUUUGUUUAUUAUUGUCACACAUACAGCAAAAAAACUUUGUUCAGCAUGUCAUCGAUACAGAUCAUUUCACUGUAUCAAUACAUCAAGGUACAGUAAUAAGGGAAAAGCCAUAACAAAUGCAAAAUAAUAGACUGCAGAGUUUUCCUUUUGUUCUAAUUGUGCCCUACCUUGUAAAAGCUGUGUAUAUAUUUUUGUGAAUAUUGUCUAUAUGAUGCUGCAAGUAAGUUUUUCAUUGCACAUGUGCUGUGACGGAGAGAGUAUUGCCCGCAGACAAUAAGAUGCAAGGCAGAUUGCGAUAUCGGGAAUCUUUCUUAUCGUACUAGAGAUCUAGUAUGAUAAGAUGGAUUCUUUCAAUAGUAUUCUGUAUUCAAUAGUUUUUAAACAAUGGGAAUAGAAGCUGUCCUUGAGCCUGAAAAUACAUGCUUCAGGCGUUUGUAUCUUCUGCCUGAUGGCAGAAGUGAAGAGAGAGAAUGUCUGGGUGGAUGGGGUCUUUGAUUAUAUUAGCUGCUAUACCAAGGCAGUGAGAAAUAUAGACAAAAUCCAUGGAGAGGAGGCUGGUUUUUGUGAUGCAUUGAGCUCUGUUUAUAACUCUGUAGUUUCUGGUAUGGGGAUGCAAAUGCACAGGAUUGAAAAAAAAGAGUUUCAGAGGGUUUUAAACUCAGCCAGCUCCACCAGUGGCACUGUCGGGGCCAUCCUCAACAGGCAGCAUCCAUCAUUAGGAGCCCACCAUCAAGGACAUGUCCACUUCUCAUCUCUACCAUCAGGGAGAGGUUUACAGGAGCCUGAAGACACACGUUCCACGUUUUACAAGCAGCUUCUCCUCUGAAUGGACCACCUCACUUUUUGCAGUAAUUAUUUUCUGCAUUUCUUUUCUAACUUACGAUAAUUAUUUCUGUACUUCGCUGUAUGUACUGCUGUCACCAAACGACAAAUUUCACAACAGAUGUAAGUGAUAAUAAACCUGAU